AGGGAUUGGAAGAGAGGGUGGAGGACACUGAGUGGAGGCCAGUGGAGGGAUUGGAAGAGAGGGGUGGAGGACACUGAGUGGAGGCCAGUGGGGGGAUUGGCAGAGAGGGGUGGAGGACACUGAAUGGAGGCCAGUGGAGGGAUUGGAAGAGAGGGGUGGAGGACACUGAGUGGAGGCCAGUGGAGGGAUUGGCAGAGAGGGGUGGAGGACACUGAGUGGAGGCUAGUGGAGGGAUUGGCAGAGGGGUGGAGGACACUGAAUGGAGGCCAGUGGAGGAUUGGCAGAGAGGGGUGGAAGAUACUGAGUGGAGGCCAGUGGAGGGAGUGGCAGAGAGGGUUGGAGGACACUGAGUAGAGGCCAUGGAGGAUUGGCAGAGGGGGUGGAGGACACUGAGUGGAGGCCAGUGAAAGGAUUGGCAGAGAGGGGCAGCAGUCACUGAUUGGUUGCCAGUGAGUGGAUGUGGGGCCCAAAGGAGAGG